CCGGCCCUGCAUCGUGCAAACCUCACCUCCUCGACGCAAACCCCAACCCUAGCUCCCUCCCUCCCUCCCUCCCCUGCACUGCGGCGAUGGCGGCGGUGACCAACGCCGACGUGGAGGCGGUCGACUUCGACCCCGACGACGACGACCUCAUGGACGAGGACGCCUCCGACCCCACGCCGGCGCCCGCCCCGCCGCGCCUCCGCUCCACCAUCGCCGGGGGCGACGACGGCGGGGGCGCCCGGAGGACCAAGGGCCGCGGCUUCCGCGACGAACCCAGCUCCCGCUUGGCAGGCGCCGGACGCUCCGCCGACUUCGACUCCCUCGGCUCCGACGGCGGCCCCGGCCCCGUCCGAUCCAUUGAAGGGUGGAUUGUGCUAGUCACUGGAGUUCAUGAAGAAGCUCAGGAAGAUGACCUUCACAAUAUUUUUCGGGACUUUGGACAGGUCAAAAACUUGCAUUUGAAUUUGGAUCGCCGAACUGGAUUCGUCAAGGGAUAUGCCUUGAUUGAGUAUGAAGCUUUCGAGGAAGCUCAAGCUGCAAUAAAAGCAUUGGAUGGAACAGAGCUUCUAACACAAAUUAUAAGUGUUGAUUGGGCAUUUAGUAAUGGCCCAGUCAAGCGUAGAAAUGUUCGGAAGAGAUCACCAAGAGCUCAUCGCUCUAGAAGCCCACCAAGGAGAAGAUACUGAGUGCUUCCCACCAUACCAUGGAAUGAUGGUGCUUAGAGUUCAAGAAUUGCUUGUAGGAUCCCAGUUGUUUGCUUGGCCUCCUACAUAGUUUGGUUAUCAAUGCUCUUGUGCGACUGGUAGUUCUGUGCCAUUUUAACUCUUUUCAGUACCAUGAGUGGAGCAGUGUUUACUGUGUUAAGUUUGGCAUUGCCAGCCAAUGUUAACAGCUGAAGUGUUGGAUCUUUGACAUGAGAUGGUUUGUUGCUUGGGAUGUUUACAUCGUAUUGUACCUCCUCUAUGCUUUGCGUUCCUUGUUUUUCUUUAUGAAAACGUGACCAUUAUGAA